AUGGCAGUGCCCCCCCUGGGAGUAACUCCCAGCCGAGGCCACCCCAGGCCCGGCGGGGAGCAGCGACCCGGCAGGGUCUGCGGCGCGCCCAGCCCGGGGCUCCUGUGGAUGGCGCUGGCGCUCGCCCUGCUCGGCUCCCCAGCUCUCUGGACCCCGGCGGGGGCCCACCCGCUUCCCGCCCGAGGCCAUUUCGCCAGUUUCAGUCGCGUAGCGCCCCAGCUCCGGGACACCUUCGGCUGGAGGAACCUCACCUGCCCAGCCUGCAAAAGCCUGUUCACCGCCAUCGACUUCGGACUGCAGAGAGAGACCAAUGUGGCCCGGGUGGGCUCCCUGGCCACCAGGCUGUGCAAGCUGCUGAAGAUAGCACCACCCACCGUGUGCCAGUCAGCUGUCGAGCUCUUUGAAGAUGACAUGGUGGAGGUGUGGAGACGCUCAGUACUGAGCCCAUCUGAGGCCUGUGGCCUGAUCCUGGGCUCCACCUGUGGGCACUGGGACAUUUUCUCAUCUUGGAACAUCUCUUUGCCAGCCGUGCCAAAGCCAUCCCCCCAGCCGCCCAAACCCCCAGCGCCAGGUGCCCCUGUCAGCCGGGUCCUCUUCCUCACUGACCUGCACUGGGACCGGGACUACUUGGAGGGCACAGACCCUGACUGUGAGGACCCACUGUGUUGCCGCAGGGGCUCUGGCCUGCCUCCCCCCUCCCGCCCAGGUGCUGGAUACUGGGGCGAGUACAGCAAGUGUGACCUGCCCCUUCGGACUCUGGAGAGCCUGUUGAGCGGGCUGGGCCCCACCGGCCCCUUUGAUAUGGUGUACUGGACAGGAGACAUCCCUGCCCAUAAUGUCUGGCACCAGUCUCGCCAGGACCAGCUGCAGGCCCUGACCACGGUGACGGCCCUUGUGAAGAAGUACUUGGGGCCAGUGCCUGUGUAUCCUGCCGUGGGCAACCACGAAAGCACACCCGUCAAUGGCUUCCCCCCCCCCUUCAUAGAGGGCAACCAUUCUUCCCGCUGGCUCUAUGAGGCCAUGGCCAAGGCAUGGGAGCCCUGGCUGCCUGCUGAAGCCCUUCGUACACUCAGAAUUGGGGGGUUCUAUGCCCUUUCCCCAUGCCCCGGCCUCCGCCUCAUCUCUCUCAAUAUGAAUUUUUGUUCCCGUGAGAACUUCUGGCUCUUGAUCAACUCCACAGAUCCCGCUGGACAGCUCCAGUGGCUGGUGGGGGAGCUUCAGGCUGCUGAGGAUCGAGGAGACAAGGUGCAUAUAAUUGGCCACAUCCCCCCAGGGCACUGCCUGAAAAGCUGGAGCUGGAAUUACUACCGAAUUGUAGCUAGGUACGAGAACACCUUGGCUGGUCAGUUCUUUGGCCACACUCACGUGGAUGAGUUUGAAGUCUUUUAUGACGAGGAGACCCUGAGCCGGCCGCUAUCUGUAGCCUUCCUGGCGCCCAGUGCGACCACCUACAUCGGCCUUAAUCCUGGUUACCGGGUCUACCAAAUAGAUGGCAACUACCCCGGGAGCUCUCACGUGGUCCUGGAUCACGAAACCUACAUCCUGAACCUAACGCAGGCGAAUGAGCCGGGAGCCACUCCGCACUGGCAUCUCCUCUACAGGGCUCGAGAAACCUACGGGCUGCCCAAUGCGCUGCCAGCCGCCUGGCACGACCUGGUAUAUCGCAUGCGGGGCGACAUGCGGCUAUUCCAGACCUUCUGGUUUCUCUACCAUAAGGGCCACCCGCCCUCAGAGCCCUGUGGCACACCCUGCCGCCUUGCUACUCUGUGCGCCCAGCUCUCCGCCCGCUCCGACAGCCCUGCUCUGUGUCGCCACCUGGCACCAGAUGCAAGCCUCUCUGAUGUCCAGAGCCUGCGGCCACGGCCACCAUUCUGCUAGCACUCAGAGUUGGGAAAGUGCGUGUCUUAGGAAGGGAGCAAAAACACCAGAAGGCUGCUGUGGUGAGAAGAGUGUCUGCGAAGAGCCUAUCCUGGGCCCCAAGUACACGGGGGAAACGGCACCUUCUUUCCUGGAGCUGGGAUGGCACGUCAUGGAGGGGGAUUGUCUGCUCUGCCUGUUCGCAACAUCUAGGCUGCCCUGGGGCUGCUGUCCUUUCAGACUUGGGGCAGAGGUCUCAGUUGGCACUGCCCUGGGCACACCAGACAGGGGCUAUGGCCCCAGGCCUGUGCUGGCCAGCCAGGAACACUGUGCUGCUGCCGCCUGGCUGUCAGGCUGUUACAAUAAAGAUAAGAGACUUGGACUCCAGA